UAUUUGUUUACAGGUUUUACAAGGGGUGCACUUCUUUGCAUUAGCUGACCAUGGAGGAAUCAUACUGGCAGUGAAACAAUAUGAACCAACCAAUCAGAUUAGUUACUCGACAGAUGAAGGGCAAGUUUUUCACACAUACAACUUCACUGAUCACCCUAUACAGAUUCAUGGUUUACUUACAGAACCAGGGGAGAAAACUACAGUCUUCUUUUUAUUUGGUUCAAACCUUGAUCAUCAUUCAUGGAUAGUUAUCUCCCUUAAUUUGAGCUCAGUUUUCCAAUAUAAAUGCAGUGCUCAAGAUUACAAGAUGUGGUCUUUACCGGACAACGUGUGGUCUUUACCGAACCACACACCUUUCUUAGGUUGUUUACUGGGCCGUAAAGUUAUGAUUGAAAGACGUGUACCACAUUCUAAUUGCUACAACGGUAAAGAUUACAAUCGGGAAAUGACUGUACGAAACUGUUCAUGUACGAGGGAAGAUUUUGAAUGUGACUUUGGCUACAAACCAAAUUCCGAGUAUUUCAGUGUUGGAUGUAUUCCAGACCCAGAUGUAGAUCAGAACAUUAUCCACCGCAUGCCUAGUGUAUGCCCUGAAGGCACAUUUUACCCAUACACUCGUGGCUUUGCUAAGGUUUCAGGUGACACAUGCCAGGGUGGCGAGGAACACAGAUAUGCCCCUCUAAUGUAUGCUUGCAGAGCUCAAGAUAUAGAAGAAUUUUUGCUAUAUUCAUCAAGAAGAGAGGUGCUUCAGAAAAUAUUGUCCUCUAGCCAAAAUGACGUCAAACUUCUCGAUUCCACCAUAGCAAAGAAUGUGUCUGCAGUAGAUUACCAGCUUGGUGAAACAGGAUGUCUGUAUUGGGCUGAUAAUGAGCUACAUAAAAUACAGCGACUGUGUGAAGAUGGUAACCAUAGCGUGGAAAUGUUACAUUCGGGAAUCGGAGAAGUUCCGUCCAUAGCUUACGACUGGAAAGGUCACAACUUGUACUGGAUCGACAGGAAGUUCCCCACCAAUGGCACCAUCGAGGUGUCGAAAGCUAAUGGAAUUUACAGACGAACAUUAAUCAAUGGCAGUUAUCUGAUAAAGCCAACAUCUCUUGUAAUAGAUCCCCAUCACGGGUGGAUGUAUUGGGCAGACAGUGGAAAGUUAAUGAAAGCCUAUAUGGACGGCACACACUCUUCUAUCACGACGUUUCUCAGUCACAGUACUAUAGGUUCAGACACUGUCUUGGCUCUAGAUAUACUCACUGAAAGAAUCUUCUGGAGUGGUGCUGGAAUCAGAUAUGCCUCUUUAAGGAACCCAGUGGUCACCUCAGUGGGAAAUUCUCUAGGAUGGUUUCACAUUGAUGCCUUAGGGAUUUACAAGGAGAAAGUGUAUUGGGCGGAGUAUACAAUGUCUCGAUUAUAUAGCUGUGACGUUUCAAACUGUGUGUACAGAUAUCAAGAUAUCAAUGAUGGAAUCAUUGACCUAAAAAUCCUAGAUGAGAACUCACAGAGAGGUGGUAAUGCAGCAUGUGACCAUAAUGGAGAAUGUACUCACCUUUGUCUCCUGAAACCAUCAACUGCUGACGUACAUGGCCAAAAUCGCACAUGCCGGUGUCCGAAUAAUGCUACACUUAUCCGCACCUCCACCACACAGGAGGAUGAACAUUGUUGCCAGGGUAAAGCUGUAGUAAAUGUUACUUCUGGUGCAUGUGUGAAGUUAAAGACAAACUGUACUGACAAUCAGUUUUUAUGCGACAACGGACAUUGUAUACCAAAUUCUUACAUGUGCGAUCGUGACAAUGACUGCGGUGAUAUGAGUGAUGAACAUGAUUGUGAAUUCCAGACAUGCUCCGACGGUCAUUUCACCUGCGAUAAUGGACGUUGUAUUCCUGAAGACUGGAUAUGUGACUUUGAUAAUGACUGUACCGAUAAUUCCGAUGAGAUGCACUGUUCAUAUCCCUCAUGUCCUGUAGACAAGUUUAAAUGUCGUGAUGGCAGAUGUAUCAAUUUAAGUUGGAAAUGUGAUUUUGAUGAUGACUGCCCGGAUGGUUUGGAUGAGGAAAACUGUAACUACAAUAGUACAGAUUGUGGCGAGGGUCAGUUCAAAUGUUUGUCAGGAUCGCCAAGAUGUGUUCCCGAUUAUCAGGUGUGUGAUCACAGAAAUAACUGCGCUGACGGAUCUGACGAGAAAAACAACUGUAGUAUUACGUGCCCGUCGUGGAAAAGUCCAUGUGGUGAUGGAAGUUGUGUGUAUUUGUCAUGGGUGUGCGAUGGCGACAAGGACUGUAGCAAUGGAAAUGACGAGGCAAAUUGCACUAGUACAGUAUCACCUGUUACAGCACUUCCAACAACUUCAGGUCCUUGUACAGGGUUUGUUUGUGAUAAUGGUAUUUGUAUAAGAAAUGGUUUGAGAUGUGAUGGAAUAGACGACUGCGGAGAUAAUAGCGAUGAAUAUAGAUGUGGUACAGUUAGACCACACACGUGUAUGAAUAAUGAAUUCCACUGUAGAAAUGGCCGCUGUGUGGCACACUGGAUGAGGUGUGACUCCCACAAUGAUUGCGGAGAUAACACAGAUGAAUUCAACUGUGACUUUACAACCUCUAGACCGAUAAUAGAAUGUGCACCAGGACAGAUUCUAUGCUACAAUAGUUCAAGGAGAUGUCUGGAUGAAUCUGUAAUGUGUGAUAACUUCAGAGACUGCGAAGGUGGGGAGGAUGAACAGUUUUGCGGAGGGGUGUCAUGUGACAGGUCACUAUUUUUCAAAUGUCACAGCUCGGCGGCUUGUAUUCCCAAAAAAUUCCUGUGUGAUGAAGCAUUUAAUUGUCCCGAUGGUAGUGAUGAAGCUGCAUGUGGCAAUCAAACAUCAGGGCGAGUUCGGAGUAAUAUCACAUGUUCAGCUCAUGAGUUCCAGUGCAUGUAUGAAAACAAAUGUAUACCCUAUCUGUUUGUGUGUGAUGGUAAACCACAGUGUGCACACAAGA